GCGACCGAAGCUUGCGUUAGGGGGCUUCAGUGAGUGUGGGCGGCCGAAGAGCAUUGAGCUUCAACUGCUUGCUUAAUCCUGCCACCUUCCUGGCCAGACACCAUGGGAGUGACUUGUGUGUCCCAGAUGCCUGUGGCUGAGGGCAAGAAUGUCCAGCAGACCGUCGAGCUCCUCACCCGGAAGUUGGAGAUGCUUGGGGCAGAGAAGCAAGGAACAUUUUGUGUGGACUGUGAGACCUACCACACAGCUGCCUCUACCCUUGGCAGCCAAGGCCAGGCUGGGAAGCUGAUGUAUGUGAUGCACAACUCAGAGUAUCCAUUGAGCUGCUUCGCCCUCUUUGAGAAUGGCCCUUGCCUUAUUGCCGACACCAACUUUGAUGUGCUCAUGGUGAAGUUGAAGGGCUUUUUCCAGAGUGCCAAGGCCAGCAAGAUUGAGACCCGGGGCACCCGGUACCAGUACUGUGACUUUCUGGUGAAAGUGGGCACAGUCACAAUGGGGCCCAGUGCCCGGGGCAUCUCUGUGGAGGUGGAGUAUGGUCCCUGUGUGGUAGCUAAUGACUGUUGGAACUUGCUGCUCGAGUUCCUACAAAGUUUUCUAGGCAGCCACACGCCGGGGGCUCCUGCAGUGUUUGGAAACAGACACGAUGCGGUCUAUGGCCCUGCAGAUACCAUGGUCCAGUACAUGGAACUCUUCAACAAGAUCCGCAAGCAGCAGCAGGUGCCGGUGUCUGGGAUUCGUUAGUGACUGGCAGCUGUGGCUGAGUGCUGUCACCAGGGUACUGCACAGGAGGAGUGAGUGCUGCAUUCUCAGGUCCCUGGACCCCAGAAACUCAGGGCAGAAAUGGAGGCUUCGCUCCCUCUCCAGUUCCCAGCUGUGGCUUUUGUUCUGGGGCUCUGGACACCCCUUCCCUGACCCUCACACAUAGUCCCCCAACAGCUGUUUUAUCCCACGCCUUACUGGAUUUGUCCUGUCCUCAAGAAUGUGUAAUUAUGAAGAAUGGAGAAGUUUGGAUCGUUCCUGCUUUAGGGGAAAAGGUAGGACAGGGGUGUCCCUGGCCUAGUGUUGGUGGGGAAAACAGUCUGUAUCCCCAACUAUUGAGGAUUUGGCCUAGGUCCACAGUGGACAUGCUGCAUUUUUGUGUUUGGGCUAUGCUGUAUUAAAAGCCUCUAUCUUUACUCA